AUGAAGUGGACACUGAUUAUAGUGGCUCUUUGCAUGUAUUCGUUGCAUGCAAAUUCAGAUCUUGAUACUGUCAAACAACUGUUGACAGAUUUGAAAACUAAUGUGUAAUUAGACAUCGAGGCUUUGGAUGCAGCUUGGGAAUUGCAUAAGAAAAAUAAGCAAUCGAUUAUAGAUGCCUUAGGUUUCUCAGCAUCAGAGCAAAGAAGUGAAUGCGCAAAGAAAGAUGAAGAUGUUUAAAGCAAAUAGAGGGAUAUCAAAAUAACUAAUGAUUUCGUAGCUUGGAUGUAAAAAAGAUAAGGAUUGAAUUCUCAAAGAUUAGGUGUUUUGGAAGUUAAUAGAUGUUAAGCAAGCAACAAUUACGUACAUGAUAUCAAGAAUUACAAAAUUGCAUUAGCUUUAGUCAAAUUCUUGAGAGAAUAAUUGGACAAACUUGAUUCUAAUGCUACACCUGCCCAAAAACAAGAAUUUUUAUAAAAAGUACACAAAUUCGUGUAGAUCUAUCAAACAGGCAAGCUCUUAACUAUGGUUGAACAAAUUUAAAUGAAUGAGGAUGGUUCCUACGUAUUACCAAGCAUCGAAGGCGACGAAUAAGAUCUUACUGAAUCAGCACUUACUCAAACAAGAGGAAAGAGAAAUGCCAAUAAAGUGCUCCUUCAAUAAUAAUAGACUACUGUCAUAUCAUCAAGUGAUGGUGAUGAUAAGGCUGAUAGUGCAGUUGUCCUUAUUCCUAGUCAAUGUGAUGAUUCUAUUAACACUGUUAUUGUUGUCUAAAAUGAUGAUGGCACAGGUGGUGAUGAUGAUUUACACAUUAAAUUCACCAAUGGAGGAGGUUCAGGAACAUAAGGAGGACCUUCAAAACCCAAGCCAUAGCCAAAACCAUAACCAAAGCCAGAACCAAAGCCAGAACCAAAAUAAGAGGAAGACGACACAGAAGAAGAGGCUGAAGGAGAAGAAGAUUCUGGAGAAGACAAUGGAUAACAUACAGAUGAACCUGCAGGAGAAGAAGAAUCUAAUGAUGAUAGUAAAACAGAUGAACAACCCGUCAGUCCAACCGGAGAAGAAGAAUCACAUGAUGAUGGAAAUGACAAUGGAGAUAACAAUGGUGAUAAUAAUGGAGAUAACAGUAAUGGUGGAGAUUCAAAAUAAGAUAAUAAAGAUAAUGGCGGUUAAAAAUAAACACAAGAAGAAGAAGAAGAUUUAAGCGAUAUCAGAAAAGUAUUGGAUGCAAUUGAAAAACAUUCCAAAAAAUCACUAGAUUUGGAAUAAGAAGAUGAAGUUAGAAGUUCUAUGAUCUACAUUGACUUUAAAUUACAUAUUGAAUUGGAAAAUCAACACUUUGAUAAGCAAAUUGCUGGAGAAAAAGAAAACCUUAUCAAACUCACAAAUCAAUUGACCAGCAGAGUUGGUAUUGCCAGACAAUGCAAUGCAAGACUCAAGCAAAUCGAUAUAGCUUAUUAAGUUAGCUCAGAUGAUUACAAUGAUUCAUAUUAACAUUACUUGGAACUUAGAAAACAAAAGGAGGAAGAGCUAGCAACCUUUGAUGACAUAUAUAGAAUUUAUACCUCUUAGGUUGUUUGAAUUUUACACCAUAAAUCAUAAAAUUAUUGAAUUUUAUAAUUAUAAA